AUGUUAAAGAAAAGACUGAUAAAUACAAGUGAUGACGAAUCGGAGGAUGAUGGAAAAAGUUGUAUGAAAUCUGUAAAAAGCCGUAAAACACUUAUCAGCAGCCAUGUUUUAUCAAAAGUGUUAAAUCGAUCAGCAACAUCGUACUUUAACAGUAGCUUCAGAAGCAAGUCACACCAAAUGUCAUUACAUCAAGAUAAUGUCUUAAAGUUCUGUCUCAAGGAUAUCAUUCCUUUUCGCUAUUUGGAUCAUAUUUUCAUGGGCCUAACUCAAGAUGGAAAUUUUCUUAUCAGCUACAAAAGAAUGAGCUUAGAAAAUGAAAACCAUUACGAUUUCUAUUCAGGCUAUAAAUACGAACUCUUCUUUUGGAUUUAUCGGCCACAUUAUCCCUUAAGUCGAUAUUACGUAGUCAAUUUGUUUGAUGAUCAUGGAGCUCACGAUGUGAAAUGUGUGACAAUGACACAGUGGAAAUCUGAUUCCAAGACUUUAAUCGUUCAUGGCUCUAGUGAAAUUGAUGAGCUGCCGUCUUUCUUGACAAUAGUGAAAGUUCCAAAACUCGGUUGUCUUGCUUGUAAACAACUUCGUGAAACAAGUGAAACUCCUUUUCAAAGUUUGGAAUUAUGCAUACAAUGUAAUUUAACUAUUCAUACGAAAUAUCAUUACGAUGAUCCAACACAGUUCGAUCCAAAAAUUAACAUGAACGCUCCUGAUUACAUUAUCAUGUGUGAAAAUAGUUUCAUUCAUACCAUCAACGUGAAACUUGAUAUGCAAAAAUCGAGAGUCAUUGGAUGCGGAUUUUUAAAUUCUCGGUACUUAAACAGACCAUUGGAGAAAGAUGAGAACGAAAUAAUUGCGCAAGGUCGGGAUCAAAACAAUGUGGUGAAUAACAAAAACUCACCACCCGAUAUGCCGACGACACAAAAAGUUUCAAUCGUUGAGCAAAUUCUUGCAGAUUUUUCUGAGUAUGACAUUGAAUGUCCAUCGUUGUUCUCAACAAAUUCCAAAACACUAGUCACGGAUGUCGUCAAUAAUGGUUGUGAGAAAAUUAAAACGCUUAUUUCAUCGAAAUCAUCGAUUAUUAAACCACCUCGAAAAGUGAGAGAAAUUGGAGAAUCCUCAACGAAAGUUAAUUCUCAAUUAAAACCGUCAUCACCACAAUCACCAGAAUUGCUUGAGGCAGCUGAGAAGACUUAUGAAUUUUCCGAAGAAAAUGAAAAAUGUGAAAAGAUUUCCAUCUUUAGAAAGCGACGUUUGGCUGAUAAAAAAUACGAAUUUAGUGAAGAAAACACUGAGAAUAUCAUUCCAUUUAAUAGAACCAGAAGCUUGCGACGACCAAUUUAUCAAUUGAGAACGUCACCACAUCCAAGCUUUAGAUCACCUUGUGGAUCACCUGUGGCAAAUCGUUGCAUCAUGUCACCACCACCUGGUUUUAUGUCACCAAGUUACAACAACAACAACAACCCUUAUCGUUCAUCACCGACACAUCAUUUGCUUUAUUCACCGCCAUCAAAGACUGUGAGAAUUCAUGGCAAUAUGUCACCAGCUGGAUCUGUUGAUGACGUUCAAAAAUACUUUUCUGAUAUUAUGAAUCGAUUGAAGGAUAAUCGUGUGGAGUCAGGAAAUGAGUCAAGUCAUGAUGACAUUAUUAAGCCGAAUUGCAAAGACUUUCCAACCUUCUCAAAAAAGCUUGUGAAUUAUUAUGUUGAAGAAGAUGAUGCAAUAUCUGUCAUAACAUGCGAUGAAGAUGAUUGCAUCUCGCCCGGAUAUCAUUUGUCACUGCCGAUGGAAGUUCAUGGAUCUUGUUACACAAAAAUGCAAAUUGUUUCGAAAGCGUCGCUUAGCAGACUUAAGGGAGUUCCGCGCGCGAUUGUAACACAAAAUUCAUUCGACAUUGAAACAUUUUCAAUUCAUGUUGCUAAUAAAUUGUGCAAGGAGAAUAACAAGAAGUACAAAUUUAUUCUUGAUAUCAUUUUCGAGAUUGUUCACGUUUGUCCGUUGUCUCAUGAAGCUCUUUGCAUGCUUCAUUUGAAAUUUGCUGCCAAUAAUUGCGAUCAUUUAUCGAAAUGCUUAAACUGUGCAAACGAUUCUGAAUGCUUCACCCACAGAGAAUUCUUAGAAUCGACGAUUCUAUUCACAUGGAAGAUUAGUGGGAAUGAUUGGAGAAUUCUCGAUUAUGGACAGUUGAAGAAGCUUGGCACGUUUAAGCGCGGCUCACAUCCCGGCAACAGCAGACAAAAGAAACUUCACAGUUUUGGUAACAAAAUGUUUGGAAGAAAUCUGUGUCAUUCUGGCAAUUCUGAUCAUUUGAGAAUCCUCGACAGCAACGAAGACAAAAGCAAAGAGUCUUUGGUGGAUCUAAGAAACGGAAUUGAAUUCUUCAGACGUCAACCAUUUAAUUCACCAUCAAGUGUCUCAAUGCUUUCGUCAAACUCAUCAGCUUCAGGUAGCUCCGAUUCGGAAUCAUGUGAUGAGCUUCAGCAAUAAAACUGCCUGUUGUAUGCAUUUGCUUUGAAGACAUUUCUUUUUUGUGUUCUUUCAUGAUAUUUUAAUGCUAAGAAAUUUCUUUUACGAUGAAAUUGAAAAUAAAAAAUGAAUUU